CCCAUGAAGUCUCAAGUCAGAUGGUGGUGUUUAUUUCUGGUUACGAGGUGUAAAAUAUUUCUGAAAUGAUUUGAAAUGUCAGACGAAACAAAAUGUCAUGUCUGUAAGACUCAGAAUCAGAUAAUGAAAAGAUGUACAAGAUGUCACAGCGUAUUUUACUGCUCAAAGGAAUGCCAGAUUAGUGAUUGGAAGACACACAGACAGAUUUGCCAACAAAUCAAUGCUCGAACAAAAAGUUCAGAGACUUCUUAUAAAGAUGAUGGGUCAAUUUUCACCGAUAGUAAACCUCAAGGUAAAAUAACAAUCUGUCAUCGUCCUGUAGUUGAUUUCCACAAAGCUGCUAAAGAUUUACAGAACCAGAAACCUCUGACAGAACCUGUAAAUCGAUCUAUAAAACCUGAGAAUUCCUAUCUACAUUGUAACCAGUACAAAACUGAUCUACCAGUGUUUGACGAAAGUCAGCCAUUUUGUGAAAUAACUGUGAAAUGUAACAAACAAAAACAAAAAUUAAAAAUACAAAAUGCUUGGAGUGGCGAUGACAUAUUAAAAGUAUUUUCAAACAAAUUAAACAUUUCCUAUGAAAAGAUUAAAGUGAUAAAUAAAGGCAAGAUUUUAACUUGUGAGACAAUUGCGUCUGCUAUUUCAAAUAAAGCCAUCUUUCAAGUGAUUGGUGAACAGGCAGCCAAUGAGGACGGACUUGAUACUGGUGAUGUUGAUGUACUGAUGAAACAAAUGGGAGUAGAUAGAAACGAGGCUGUGAUGGCCCUAAGAAAGUGUGGUGAUGUUGUUGAUGCUAUUAUUGAGUUAGGCAAAAAAUAAAAUCUGUGAUAAAUUAA